GCUGCCGUGCCAUGUCCAAGUAGCUGCCACGUGACCGGCCUGGCUGCCUGGUGACCGGCCUCGCUGACCCUCAAAGCCUGGCUCUCCAUCCUGGACCACACUGCCCUCAGGGACUUAUAGUCCAGUCGCAGACGCACAACAAACGUGGAAGCAGAAUCACAACUGAGAUGACUUCAGACCUUAAUAAGCAUGGUGACGUGAGAGUGACACCACCCCGUCCGCGGUACUGCAGUGGCUUGCUUUUUGCUGUGAUGCUGGAAGCUACACCAUCGGUACUGCAAAUGCCAGCAGGGUCACCCAUGGUGGACGGGUUUAGCAGAGCUUGCAGACUAAGGCAGACUCGGAAGGAAGGCCCGGCAGUUUAUUUCCCAAAAUCACCCAAUGAAAACUUGUAGGUAGCAAUAUUGUUCAGCUUAUUUGAUUUACUGAAGGAGGACAUCAUGGCUGCUGAAGUAGAGGGCCAACGAGGGUAAGUGAGACCCUCAGUGAGAUGGAUUGGCACAGUGGCCUCAACGAUGGACUUCAACAUGCCAGAGAUCCUGAUGAUGAUGCAGCUUCAAGCUAAUUUAAGUUCUGUUUUACAUGUGGUUACCAUAUGUUAGGGGCCCAACUCCACAGCAGCUAAAAACAGCAAGAGCUCUGUAAAAGAGAUAUUUGAGCAGAAGCCUAGAAGUGAUACCUGGGGAGAGUGUUCCCUACAGAGGAAGCCAGCGGAAGAGAUGCCCGAGGCUGGAACCCCUUAAUUAUCUUCAGGGACCACCCUGUGACCUGGGAGGGGGAGCUGAGGGAGGAGAUUGGGGCCCGGCCAUGGAAGGACCGCAGGCUGUCCUUAGUGUGGUGCGGAGCCCAGGUGUCAGGAUCUAACCCUCAUUUGCUAAAGUUCUCUCUGGUGCAGAUAGAAGAGACACCAGGGGCAGUGGCGGUGCAGGGAGUCAGCCAGAGGCUGUCGUGAGAACAGCGACAAGUGAGUCUGAGUCUUCUAGGGCUGCCAUAACAAAGUAUCACAAAGUUUAAAACGGCAGAAACUUCUUGUCUCAGUCUGGAGGCCAGAAGUCCCAAUUUAGGGUGUCAGCAGGGCUGUACUCCCGCCAAAGACUAGGGAAGAUUCUUGUCUGUCCUAGCUUCUGGUAGCCCAAGCGUUCCUUGGCUUACAGCUGCAGCGUAACUCUGUUGUCACAUGGCCAUCUUCCGUCUGUGUGUCCAGCUGUACCUAAAAUGAAAUUAAGGCGGCUCCCAAACCUUGUCCAUUUCUCUUGUUAACGAGAGAGAGGUGGGGCCUCACAAGGCACCCCUGGACACCGCCGGGGCCCUGGGCCCUCUCCAGCCUGGCUCAGAUGACUGCCCAGUCCCAGGGGGCUCCCGGUUCUGCCUCUGCCCCUUUUGGCAGGAACAAGGAUGUCUGUGCUCCUGUUGAAACCAUCACCUCCCUUUCACCUCCCAGUGGACCCAGCAGAUAGGGGCUUGCACCGGGAGAACAAUUUUCCAGAGAAAUUAUUUGCAUCUGUUUUAAACAUGUCUUCUUGGAAACAUCCAAAUUUGCAGAGCCCAUCCGCUCCAACACAAAUGCCUUUUAAGGUGGAAGACAGGGCCUGACUCCUGGCCAGGGUUGAAUAAGGAAAAUCACUCAGCGGGGCACGAGGAAGGCAGAGGGGAUGGGGCAGGACGCAACAGGCCAGAACACAGACUCCCUCUGCCUGCAGCAGGGACUGCACAGCCUCUGCAUCUCUCAGGAUGGGAUGGUGGGGGAGGAAGACCCUGUUUUUCCUCUUCGUGUUGGUGCCCACCUUUCUCUACAUGGCUUUAUCCCAGGAAGCCCGUCCACCAGGGCAAAGGAAACCCUUCUUUGAGAGGCUCUGGAGGCUGGAAGAGCAGUUCCAGAGAUCCCAGGAGGUAACCUUAAUCCAUCUGCAGGGCACCACCAGCAACUACAAUGUGUCCUACAGCAUUAAUGCCUGCUUCCGGAGCCUGGCGCAGGAGAACCAGGCCAUGGCUCUGGUGCUGAACUAGUCGUAGGCUGCCGUGCAGGGCGACCUGGGCCACCUAAAGACCUGGGUAUGGAAGACGCAGUGGAGGGGCUGCGAGGUGGAUGCAAAGCUGCUGCCCUCAGACCUGGCCUUGAGCGACAGGAACCAGCAGCAUGCCCAGAAACUCAAGGAGCAGAAGGUGCAGAGUGACGCCAUCUCCCGCCUGGCCUGUGGCCUGGCCCUGGACAUGCAGGCCCUGCAGGACACGCUGGCUGGCCUGACACAGCUCAUCCACAGCCAGGGUGCCAGGCUGACUGCCCCUGGCCCAACCCCCAUGAUGGCCCUGACCCCAUCCCCUGCCCCAGCCCAGACCCCACCUCAGUGGCCGAUCCUGAGUCCCCUGCAGCUGCAGGGGGACAGACAGGUGCUCCCAGCUUUGCUGGAGCACAGGAACUCACCUCGGGACAUCACUGGACAUCUGCAGGUGACAUGGGGGCCUGCUAGCGCAGCCAGCCAGCAGGCACCACAAGAGGAAACUGGAGACCCUCCUCAGUCAGAUGGCAAGCUGGAGACUUCUGCAGGUGUGCGUCCCUUGGCUUUAGGCACGUCCGUGGACUUGGCCUCCUCCAGACUGCGAGUGUUAGGUCCAGCCCCCUGGACCAAACGGUCUAGAAGCUUCUGGAUUACCUUGUGUGCAGGGCUGACCCUCCCCCUGUUUCUGGUUUGCAGUGUGAGCCUUGUGCUCGUGUUCCCCGAUGCCUCCACUGAGAAUGUAGUCUUCCUCCACCCUGGCUUCUUCGUGGGCCUGCAGACUCUGUCCAUCUGCAGCUGGGUCCGUACAGCCUCAGGCUGUCUGGGCACCCACCUCUCCUAUCCCACCAAGGAGAAUGACAACAAGCUGGUGCUGCAUGGCCAGGUCCUGGCCGCCGGUUCAGUCCACUUUGUGAUCCAAGACUUGGCUUUCUGGGAGCUACUGCUGCAGCUACUGCUGGACAGCCAGUGGCACCACCUGUGUGGGAUCUGAAUGUCCACCCAGGGCUGGCACUGGCUGUAGGUGGACCACAGGGUGGUGGCCACUGGCUCCCGCUUCUGGAAGGGCUAUGAGAUCCCACCCAGAGGGUCCCUGGUGCUGGGCCAGGAGCAAGACACUGUUGGGGGUGGGUUUGACAGUGCUGAGACCUUUGUGGGGAGUGUGGCCGGCCUGGCCACCUGGGGCUGGGCGCUCUCCCCAGAAGUCUCAAGCCUUGCCACCGGGAAGGCAGUCCUGACAGGACCCCUCCUGACACUGGCCAAUGCUAAAUCUGCAAGUGGAUUCGUGCAGAGGGUGACCGGCUCCUGCCUGGAGCUCCAUCCGUGAGGCCAAGCCUGCUGCGCAGAAGCUGCGGCCACAGUCUGUGCCUGCGGGAGGAACCAGCCUCUGCCAUGCUUAGUUACCCCUGACCUGGGCACUUUCCAUAAAGGGCACCCCCCAUCCUGGACGUGCAUACCUACUCUGCAGUAUAGGGUGGGGGCCUUCCGUCACAAGGCGAGCAGGUGGACGAUGAAAUGAGCCAGGGCAAGGAGAAGCCAGGGACCCUAUUGUUCUCAUUGCUGAACGGUUUGUAAGCGUGGCACAUCUAAAGCCUCGGUUGCCUAGUUCUUGGCAUCUAAUACUAUCUCAAUAGGGCCUGGCCAGCCAGAUGAGAGCCUUGGACUCCAACAGCUGACCUCUGAGAGUGGGUCUGUGGUGAUUGAAGGCCAGUUCUGGAGAACUCCAGAAGCUUCCCUGAAAACUGGUUGGAUAGCACUUGAGCUGUUCUCACCCUCUCUCAAGGGUGGUUAGGAAAACAUCUCCUUGGGUGACCGCCAUCCUGACAUCUUACAAAAAGGGCCUGAAAGUCCGUUUCCAGGCCCCUACACCCCUACAGCCCCCCUUCGCCGGGAGCCUGGGGUUUCACUCGAGGUCAACCAGCCAGUCUGCCCAGUAGUCCUGAUGGCAGGCAGGGCGGGGGGAGAAGAUAUGUAUAUAUAUACACAUAUAUGUAUACACGUGUAUAUGUAUAUGGAUGGAUGGAGGGGAAUCCCCACUUCAGAUCAACAGGGCCCUCAGGUCUGCUAAGCCAGGCAAAGGAGCAACCUCUUCACAAAAGUUAAUGAUGGGUUAACAACGUUCUCCAAGCAACUUGAAUAUAACUUACAUACUAUAAAAUUCACCUAUUGUAGCUCUACAAGCCACAGAUUUUUAGUAAAUGUGUUGAGUUGUACGACCAUCCCCACAAUCCCAUUUUAGAACUUUUGCAUCACCCCAAAAGGAGUGAUGCCAAUUAGGAGCCACUCCCUGCCCCACCCUACUCCUCCUUCUAGCCCCUGGCAACCAGUAACCUACUUUCUGUCCAUCGAUUGGCCUACUCUGGACAUUUCAUAUAAAUGAAAUCGUAUAAUAUGUGAUCGUUUGUGACUUGUUUCUUUCACUUGGCACAAUAUUUUCAAGGUUCAGCAUGUUACAGCAUCUAUCACUGCUUGAUUCUUUUGUAUGGUUAAGUAACAUUCCAUUGUAUGGAUAGACCACAUUUUGUUUAUCAAUUCAGCAGAUGAUGGAUGUUUGGGGUUGUUUCCACUUUUUGGCUACUAUGAAUAAAGCUGCUGUGAACAUUCUCAAACAAGUCUUUGUGUGGGCAUGUACUUUGAUUUCUCUUGGGUAGAUACCUAGGAGAGGAAUUGCUAGCACGGGUGGUAAAUUCACGUCUAAACUUUUAAACGAAAUGUCAAAUUGUUUUCCAAAGCAACUGCACCAUUUUACAUUCCCACCAGCAAUGUAUAAAAGCAAUCCACAUCCUUGUUAGCACGUUAUCAUCUGUCUUUUUAGCAACGUAUUUUCAGAAUUCCAAUUGUGGCAGGUUAAAAAAAAAAAAGGAAGAAAUAGAUAUAUGUAUUUCAACUUGUGGCAGGUUAAGAAAAAAAGUGUGUAUAUAUAUGUAUAUAUAUAGUAUUAGAGACACUUCGUUUAUAUUUCAACAUAACGUAAAUUAAUCCCUACAACUUUGGAGAUACCCAAAGAAGAUUGUUAUGGAUUGAAUUGUGUCCCCCCAAAAAAGAUGUGUUGAAGUACUAACCCCUGAGUCUGUGGCUGUGACCCUGUUUGGAAAUAGAGUUUCUGAAGAUGUUACCAUUUAGGUUAACAUGAGGAGUAGGGUGGGUCCUUAUCCAACCCAAGUGGUGUCCUUUCAAAGACAAGAGGCACAGAGGGAAGACCACCACAUGAAGACCAGGCAGCCAAGGACUGCCAGGAGCCACCAGGAGCUGGGAGAUACAUGGGACAAUUCCUAUCUUAGAGCCCUCAGAAGGAAUCAACACAGUCCAUACUUGACUCCAGAACUGUGAGACGAUUUUCUGUUCUUCCAAGCCACCCAGUCUCUGGUAUUCAUUAUGGCAGCCCCAGGACACCAGUACAAAGACCCCAAAUGCAAGAUCCCACGAAUCAGUCAAUUGGACAGGUAGGAGAAAAGACUGGUUUGAUACGGAAAAUGGGGACUCUCCAUCUGUUAGAAGCUUAGAAUCACUGAGUUUGGGAACGAUCCCGGUUCUCACCUACUAAUUUACUGUAUUAUAGGACUUAAUUUUAAAGGUGAGAAAAUAAAAUAGAGAAACCCUGCAGCCCCUCCUUACCAGAACUAGAACGCCCUGAGCCCCCACCACCCUGCGUAGUGGUUUCAGUUCUGCAGGGCCCUGGGCCACAGCCUGCAGGGCUGGAUUAAAGCAUGUGAUGGCCCUAAACACUGAUAAUCUGUCGUGCCCCCUCUACUCACUCAUGCAUUUGAAUGAAAUAUGUGAGUUACAUAUAUACUUGUACAUAAAAAAAAAAUAGGUAUGCACAUUUACAUAUGUACGUGUAUAUACAUAUUUAUAAAUUGCUGGCCCUCCUGGCUGGAGUUGCUGGGUCAGCAGAUGUGGAUGUACAAAAGAGUCCUCUCAAAAUAGAUCACAGGCCUGUUAUCUAUUAAUAUAAUUUGUCCUUGCCCAAUAAUUUAUCAUGUUGGAUUUAGUUGCAUAUUGGGUGAACGUAGCAAGAGUUCAGUUCGACAGCCUACCCCACAUCCUUCUUAUUAGAAAUAGUAUACUCCAAGAGACCUGUUGAGAUAAGGAGUUUCAAUUACAUGGGAGGGACUGUAGGAGACAGAUGUCAAUGAAGGUGUUAAAGUGAUAGGGGCCUCAUACUUUAAACAACCUUUCACGUAGGUGCCCUUGUGUUCCUCUGUGAAUUUUAUUUCUGGCCAGCACGUUCUCAUACACGGGAGCUGCUAUCAAUAUCGUUUAGUGCCCUGCCGGUUCCCUUCUACUCUGGUGCUUAUUUUUCCUUGUGUCCCAUCUGCUUAGCAACUGUGGGCCUUUGCUUUGGACAACUGGUGCCCCUGUAUUGUUGAUGCCCUAAGUACGUGCUUACUUACCUUGCUUAUUGGGUAAUACAUCCCUGACUACCAGGCCCCCACCUCUCACCCACACAGAUGUACCCUAGUGGACAAAGUUCUGUCCAGCUGCCCCAUGGUGAAGGUGCUCUCAAUUAAUCCUUUUUUCUGUUUGGAGUCCCUGGAUGGUACAAAUGGUGAACACCCUCAGCUGCUAACCAAAAGGUUGGAAGCUCAAGUUCACCCAAAGGCAUCACAGAAGAAAGGCCUGGUGAUCUCCUUCUGAAAAAUCAACUAUUGAAAACCCUGUGUAGCACAGUUCUACUCUGACACACAUAGGGUUGCCAUGACUUGAAGUCAAGUGGUUUGCCAUUUUUUGUUUAGGUAGGUUAUAAGAGUGCCCGGGGUGAUUCAAAUGGUUAACAUAUUUGGCUGUUAACCAAAAUGUUGGAGGUUCAAGUUCACCCAGAGAAGCCUUGGAAGAAAGACCUGGCAAUCUACUUCUGAAAAAAUCAGUCAUUGAAAGCCCUAUGGAGCACAGUUCUACUCUGACACACACAGGGCCACUGUGAGUCAGAAUGAAUUUGACAGCAACUGGUUGUUUGGGUUUUUUUCCCAUUUACCUUAAAUCUCUCAGCCAUGUUCUCAACUCAACAGAGCUGUCUGCCCACCCUAGCAAUGCUGGGCUUCAACUCAAAGAGCAGCCAGCCUCCCCCAACACCACUUAUCCAUGAGCCAAGGUCAGAGCAGGCGUACCAGACCGGAAACCCCCUCCCUGCAGGGCCCACGUGGCAGGUUCAAUGAAUCACUGCAUUACUUCCCCCCACAGCUUCCCCUGACCAUUUCUCACUUUAUGGAGAGCCUCCCUCCUCAACCUGCCUUUCAUUCUCAGUCUCUACUGGAGUUUCUGGAACUUUCUUGCUCUACCCCACUCUGUUCUUGAGAAAGCAAAGAUGUCAUUGCUUUUCUGAGAAGAUCGGUCAUUCAGUUAGUCAGUACUAAGGAGGGACAGCUAGGACCACAGUGGCGUUUUUACUCUGUUAAAGUGAAACAACAUGCAUGAGGCUCUUUCCACUACUCCCUGCUCUUGGGAGCUCAUAAUGUGACAGGGAACCACAGUUUUACAUGUUUGCAAGAGUAUCUGGCUAAGUGACCACAGGCUCUGGAGCUGAGUCACUGCAGGCCACCAUGUUCUGGAUGUUCAUGGGGUGGGCAGGACAGCUGGAGCAAGGGCUUAGCAUUGGCAUGAGUUAGCUGUGUCUGUCAUUCCCAGCAUAGGGAAAGACGCAUUGCAUUGGGUAAAUCUGCUGCAAAGGACCUCUUCAAAGUGUUGAAGAGCAAAGACGUCACCCUGAAGACUAAGGUGCGCCUAUUUUCAAUCACAUCCUAUGCAUGCGAAAGCUGGACAAUGAAUAAGGAAGACCAAAGAAGAGCUGACGCCUUUGAAUUGUGGUGUUGGCAAAGAAUAAUGAAUAUACCAUGGACUGCCAAAAGAACGAACAAAUCUGUCUUGGAAGAGGUGCAGCCAGAAUGUUCCUUAGAGGCAAGGAUGGCGAGACUGCGUCUUACAUACUUUGGACAUGUUGUCAGGAGGGAUGAGUCCCUGGAGAAGGACAUCAUGCUUGACAGAGUACAGGGUCCGCAGAAAUGAGGAAGACCCUCAAUGAGGUGGAUGGACACAGUGGCUGCAACAAUGAGCUCAAGCAUAACAACGAUUGUAAGAACGGCACAGGACCGGGCAGUGUUUCGUUCUGUCGUGCAUAGGGUCACUAUGAGUCGGACCAACUCGACGGCACCUAACAACAACAACAUAGCUGUGUCUGGGGGGCAAGGAAGAGGGCAGGGAAUGGGGAGUUGUUGCUUUAAAAGACAGUGAAAGAGAGAAUAAGGAAAAAAGACAAGCCACAGAUUGGGAGACAAUAUUAGUACGCUAUAUAUCUGAUAAAGAACUUAUAAAAAUGGGGGGGCGGGGUCAGAAUAUCCUUGUUACCAUCUCUGAAAGGGCAAGACAAGGGCACACCAAUGAGAAAAAUGCAUUUUAGAAAAAAUGUGAUUCUUGGAAUUUCAAAAAAAGUGUUGCAGAGUAAUUAUACAGAAAAUUCAAAACUCUGCUGGACUUCCUUCUUUUUUAGUUCAGUUUUCAUUUAAUUUUGAAUUACAUAUGGGGGGGCAGCUCUGUUAUCUUUUCAGCCUUAGAAAAUCAUUAAAGACUCUUUUUCUAAAGGACUUUUUAAAUCUUUUUAUUAGGAAAAAAUUUCAAACCAAAAAAAAAAAGAUUGCAAGACUAGUUAGUAUACAUUGCAUUUCAUAUGCCCCUCACCUAGAUUCGGCAAAAGUUAAUAAGAUGGAAGUCCCCAGCCUGCGGAAAAUUCCACUGCCUCCAGCAGCAUGCUUGGCUCACCCUGUAGCUUUGCACUAGAAUCCUGGUUCCUUUGCUUACCUGUAUGGCGCAGUUCUACUCUGUCCUAUAGGGUCGCUAUGAGUCGGAAUCGACUCGAUGGCACUGGGUUGGGUCUGGUUUGCUUACCUGUUAGAAUCCUAGCUAUUAGAAUCCUGGUGCCCCACAGCUUUACAUUAAAAUCCUGGUUCCCAGUGACGAAUCUGUGAAACAUUUCAUAACACGGAGGAACCUGGAAGGCAUUACGCUGAGCGAAAUUAGUCAGAGGCAAAAGGACAAAUAUUGUAUAAGACCACUAUUAUAAGAUCUUGAGAAAUAGUAAACCUGAGAAGAACACAUACUUUUGUGGUUACAAGGAGGGGAGGGAGGGAGGGUGGGAGAGGGUUUUUUAUUGAUUAAUCAGUAGAUAAGAACUGCUUUAGGUGAAGGGAAAGACAAUACUCAAUACAUGGAAGGUCAGGUCAAUUGGACUGGACCAAAAGCAAAGAAGUUUCCGGGAUAAAAUGAAUGCUUCAAAGGUCAGCGAAGCAAGGGCGGGGGUCUGGGGAACAUGGUUUGCGGGGACUUCUAAGUCAAUUGGAAAAAUAAUUCUUUUAUGAAAUCAUUCUGCAUCCCACUUUGAAAUGUGGCGUCUGGGGUCUUAAAUGCUAACAAGCGGCCAUCUAAGAUGCAUCAAUUGGUUUCAACCCACCUGGAGCAAAGGAAAAUGAAGAACACCAAGGCCACACGACAACUAAGAGCCCAAGAGACAGAAAGGGCCACAUGAACCAGAGACCUACAUCAUCCUGAGACCAGAAGAACUAGUUGGUGCCCGGCCACAAUCGAUGACUGCCCUGACAGGGAGCACAGCAGAGGACCCCUGAGGGAGCAGGAGAUCAGUGGGAUGCAGACCCCAAAUUCUCAUAAAAAGACCAAACUUAAUGGUCUGACUGAGACUAGAGGAAUCCCGGCAGCCAUGGUCCCCAGACCUUCUGUUAGCACAGGACAGGAACCAUCCCCGAAGACAACUCAUCAGACAUGAAAGGGACUGGUCAGCGGGUGGGAGAGAGACGCUGAUGAAGAGUGAGCUAAUUACAUCAGGUGGACACUUGAGAUUGUGUUAGCAACUCUUGUCUGGAGGGGGGAUGGGAGGAUAGAGAGAGAGGGAAGCCGGCAAAAUUGUCACGAAAGGAGAGACUGAAAGGGCUGACUCAAGAGGGGGAGAGCAAGUGGGAGUACGGAGUAAGAUGUAUGUAAACUUAUUUGUGACAGACUGAUUGGAUUUGUAAACGUUCACUUGCAGCUUAAUAAAAGUUAAUAAAAAAAAAAAAAUCCUGGUUCCCCAACCCUUAACUGCUGCCCAAAACUAGAGGAAAUUCGUAGAAACCAGUUUAUGUGCGAUGUUGACAUACAGGAUAACCUUUUAGAGCUCAUACGUAAUUACUUCCCCACCUUUGGGUGGAGUUUAGCUACCAUUUUCUGAACAGGUCAUGCAUGAAGUUAUAUGUAAACCCUACUGCAUCUUCGUAAUAUGAUUAAAAAUGUUGCUGAUGAAACUCAUGAACUUUCUACCUGUAAAACCCUUAAAAGUAAUGUUCCCCCUUGCCCUCGCUGAGCAGUCUUGGUGGCAGCAGCUCCGAUUGCUCCUUUUCUUGCACAAAAAAAAAAAAAAAAGGUAACUUUCUACUCUCCCACCUGGGUCUCUCCUUUAUUUGCUGAGCCAAGUUGCACCGAACAGAACCUGGAGUUUCCACCCAGCAAACAUCAUCGGGAGGGAUUGUAACCGAACGCCACUUGGGUUCUUGUCCUGUCUUAUUAGCUGAUUGAAAUAAGACAGACAUUGAUUGCAACGGAAGCAGGAAGUGGCAAGUUUAUUGUCAGCGCAUACAAGGAGUGCGUGGGGUCUAGUGACCUUAAGGCCAAGUGCUCCCUGACUAAGGGGGCUGGGGAGCUUUUUGUUUCCAAUGGCGUCAGGGGGUUGGGUUUGGUUCAGGGAAUUUUCUGCCUUUAGCCCACCCAUGCCUAUAUAUGCGGGUUGGGGGGGAGUCAGUUGAAGGAUGUGAUUUCAAUCUGUGCCUGCUUCAAGGUGUAACUAGGGCUAGUCAGUGGACGGAGCCACUACCUGCUGCGACUUCCUGCUCAAAACAAGCUUGUGGUUAGCAAGACAAGGCGCGGGGAGGGGCGGGACGGGGGGGAAGGGGUGUUUAUUGGGGUUUUCAAUAUGGCUGAGCAGCCUGUUUCAGGAUCAACUGCUGGAGGAGAACAUCCUGGCUGGUGGAGUAGAGGGCUAGAGGGUGAGGGAGGCCUUCGGUGAGAUGCACUGGCACAGUGGCUGCAAUGCUGGACUUGAACACGCUGGUGAUCAUGACGAUGACAUAAGAUUGAGCAAUGUCACCAGGAGUCCAAGUCAACUCAACGGCAACAAUCUAUCUCUAAAGUGGUUGAAGUCUGUCUUGCCCAACCAGGUUAAAUUCCAGUAACACCUCUCUGGCGUUCACAGCGCUAAGCCCCGGGUAUCAGCGUAAAUGAAAGGAGGUGUAAAGAGGCGACGUUCCUGUU